UGGUGCAAUAAUAUGGGGUAUGGUUUACACACCUUUCAGCCACACCCUAGUAGACACGUGCAUCAUACUCAACAAAUCAUCAUGGGGAAGAAAGCAAAAAUAGGAAAGAAAAGAAAAGACAAGUUCUAUCACUUAGCAAAAGAGACGGGAUAUAGAGCUAGGUCUGCUUUCAAGCUUAUACAGCUCAACAGGAAGUUUCAGUUUCUCCAGAAGUCACGAGUCCUUAUUGAUCUCUGCGCUGCUCCUGGUGGCUGGUUGCAAGUGGCCUCACAGCAUAUGCCAGUUUCUAGUCUUAUCAUUGGAGUUGAUCUGGUCUCUAUAAAGCCGAUACCAAAUGCUAUCACUAUUCAAGCCGAUAUAACAACUCCCAAUUGUAGACAUCUAAUCCAGAAAGAAUUGAAGACUUGGAAGGUUGACUGUGUACUUAAUGAUGGUGCUCCUAAUGUAGGAUCAGCAUGGAUACAAGAUGCCUUCUCUCAAGCACGACUGACCCUCAGCGCAUUAAAACUAGCAACAGACUUCUUGAAACCUGGCGGAUGGUUUGUCACUAAAGUCUUUAGGUCUAAAGACUAUCAACAGCUGCUAAACGUAUUUCAAAAGUUAUUCAAGAAAGUUCAUGCAACUAAGCCUCAGGCCUCUCGUAGCGAAUCUGCAGAGAUAUUCGUCGUCUGUCAAGAGUAUCUUGUGAAAGGAAAACCAGACGAGAAACUCUUGGAUCCAAAGUUUGUUUUUGAAGAGCAGGAACCUCUGGAGAAACCUAAAAUCACAUUGCAGAAUAUUCAGAAACACACCAAGUCUUCAUCUACAGGUUAUCCAGAGGGACAGCAUGUAUUAUUUAACUCUUUGCCUGUUGUUGAUUUCAUAUUGAGUGAUGACCACAUGUCAGUAUUGGCCAGCUCACAUCAGUUUGUGUUUGAUAAAACGAGUGAAGUAUUUAAUAAGCACCCACUAACAACUGAGGAAAUAAAAGAACUCUGUAGUGACAUUAAGGUACUAGGUUUGAAAGAAUUAAAGGUACUCAUUAAAUGGAGAGCUAAAAUGAAAGAGUUUCUCGAUCAAGUUAGUGACAGUGAGGAUGAGUCUGGUACUAAAGGGGCCGGCUCAGACAAUGAAAUGGACUUGUCAGAAGUUGAUGCUAGAGUCAAAGAACUAGCUAAAGAAGAAAAAGCAGAAUUAAAGAGUAUACUGAGGUACAAGAGAAAGCAAAGGAGGAAAGUUGAGGAGCGUCUCAAGUCUCAGCAAGAGGAAGAUGACCCAGUGACUGGUGAGGUUACCUCUGGAGGUAAAGAGAAACUCUUUUCCUUAAAUCACAUAAAAACCUCAAGCCAAUUGGAAGAGGUUGAAGGAGAGGAUAUUGAUGGAGACGCUCUUGAGACUGACGAUGAAGAAACAGCAUCAGCUCAACGACCAUUGCUAGUAGAGGAAGACUAUAACAUCAGGGAAGACAGCAGCAACGAAGAAGAAGAGAAUGAAGAAGGAGAGAUUGAGUAUGAAGAGUCUGAUGAUGAUGACAAUGAUGAGGAUAUGGAACUAGAUAAUGAAGACAAAAGUAAUCCAUUGGUUGUUAGUUUAGAGGAUAAGAAGAAAGGGAAGUCUCAGAAGACUGUCCGUUGGUUCAGCAAUCCUUUGUUUGAGGGAGUUCUUAGCGGAGAGAAAGAUGAGGAGGAGGAAGUGGCAGCUGCCAUGGAAAGAUAUAAACAGAAAGGAGGGAAGAUCAUCAGUAAAGAAGAGGAACAAGGAUCAAAUGAUGAAGAUGAGAAUGAUGAGAAUAAUGUAGAGGAUCUAGCUAUAUCUCCUACUGCUGUACAACACUCAGGAUUUGAUGAUGACAGUGAUACAUCAGAAGAUGAAGAAGAUGUAGCACCAAAGAAAGUACGGAAACUAGAUCCAGCAGGACUGGCCAUUGGUGCCCUCCUAGUCCAAUCACGCAAGAAGAGGCAGGAUUUGAUAGAGAGUGGAUACAACAGGUGGACAUCAGAUGAUCCUAACUUACCUGAUUGGUUCAGGGAAGACGAGAGCUCACAUUGUCAGAAGCAGUUACCAAUCACUAAAGAUAUGGUUGAUGAGUAUCGUAAGAGGCUUAAAGAGAUAAAUGCUCGUCCUAUAAAGAAGAUAGCAGAAGCUAAGGCAAGGAAGAAGCAAAGAGCAGCUCGUAAGCUUACCAAAGCAAGAGAGAAAGCUCGAGUUAUUUGUGAUACUCCUGAUGUUACUGAUCAAGAGAAAGUCCGUCAGAUUAAAGGGAUCUACAAGAAGGCAGGGCUUACGAGUAAUAAGAAGCGUGAUGUGCAGUAUGUUGUUGCUAAGAGAGGACUGGGGAAGAGAGUGAAGAGACCAGCUGGUGUGAGUGGAAGAUUUAAAGUAGUGGAUCCUCGCAUGAAGAAAGAUAAUAGGAGACAAAAGGCACAAUACAAGAAACAAAGAAAACAUUAGCCAAUGCAUUUAUUAGUAAUUAA